GGGUGGUGUGACAGUCCAAAAUGUAUCCUGGCAAUCCACCCCUCCAGGCCUUUGCCUAAGCCCAUGCCAGCAAAUGAUUCCCAAAGCCGACCCUGCUGAAGAGAACAGAUCCAACCCCCGACACAGUGGAUAUCACCCUUUGACUAUUGUUAGUUUGUUGAAAGUCACGUAUACAGGAGCAAGUCUUGUCACCUAAACAAUUACUGGAAAUAGGCUCUCACAACUUGAGACAAAAACAUGGUGACAGAGAGCCAAAAAAUAUUUUACACAUCACAUUCGAAAGCGCUUAAAAGUGUGAAGCAGGCACGGGUUGUCUCAGACAUCUACAACAACUAUCAAGCUUCCAGAUCAACUUCAGAUCAGAAAUCAUGAGGGCAUCUUCUUUGUGUCUGGUGUUCGGGCUGGUCCUGCUGAUGGCCUGGACUUCUGAGGCAGAAUUUGAAGCUGGUGUAGUUCCUCAGACGUGUUGCUUCGAUUUUAUCGGAUUCCAAAUUCCAGACAGUAAAGUUGUGAGAGCUGAGAGGACACAUUCACGUUGUCCUAUCGCAGGCGUUAUGGUUACGACACAAAAAAAUCACAAAUUCUGUGUGAAACCAGACGAGGCUUGGAUAAAGAAGCUGCUUGAGAAAUGAAAACGCAACACCUGUUCACAAAAUAAUACUGUUAUUGCUUUACACAACUGCCUUUUCUUAUUAAAUGUAUUUUUUUGCAUCUCCUUAUCAAUACUGCAAGAUGCUGAAUGUUAAACCUGUUGUCAUUUCACGCUCAAUCUAUGAAUAAUAAAAAGCACAGAG